ACUAAAGCGUGACUUUAGAGAGAUAUACGGGGUUAAAAAAAAACGCCUCAAAACAACCCACUGGUUCCAGAUAUCUCCUGCAGAUUAAUACUGAAAAUACGGAACGCAGAGGCGGCUCGUGUGUUUAUACCUCUGCCGUGGUGGAGUAUGUUAACUUUUUAAAAUGUGCCGUAUGUCUCUAUGUGACAUUGCAAACGGCGUCCUUCAGACACCUUGAACGCAAAAUAUGAAAAUAGUUGUUUCCUAGUUUUAAUGAAAAUUCAGGAUAGAAUAAAAUUGAUACAUUUAGGCUGUACACAUUGGCUCAUUAUAUGCAUUAAGGAAGAAAAAUGAAGGAAAUAGAAAGGUGUCAUUUAGAAAAAAUAAAAAUAAAAUAAAACUCCAUCCCAGAGGCAGAUCGAUACAGGAUCAAUACGCAUUUUUACAGUCAUAAUGUCUACGGCUGCUGAGAUCUCGCCAAGAUGUCAGGUAUUAGUUGUGAGAGUCAGAUUAGUUUUAGUGGGCAGGAGAGCGGCGAAACCCGUCAUGCGAGCGAGCUGUGAGCCUAGCGGAGAGCGAGGCUACACAGAGCUGUGAACUGAAUGGAAAUCUGUUGGUGAACUUAGACGCACUGUUGUCAGAGAGCUACACGGGACUCCUGCGUAAAACAAAGUAGCCCCGGACUCGCAGUCGCGGGAGCCGACGAACUCCGUAAAGAGGACACACAAGUUGAUCCGAGCGAGAGGCUCAUCACUUGUAAACCGGCGCUGCGCUUUUAGUAACAUGCCCGCUAUCAAAAAGGAGAGACUGGAUGGGGACGAUAUGGCAUUGGCUGCCUUCAACCAGCCCGAAUACCUGGCCCCUUUAAAUGCCACCUCUAUCCCCGUGGUGACCCCUCAUCCGCCGCCGUACGAUCAGAUUUUCGCCCAUCAUCGCGCUUACUUGGGACUACACGACAGCGCGCUGCAUCACCAACACCUUCACCACUACCCUGAAGACUUAAUGCUGGAGAGAUUCUCCUCCAUUCCCGACUUUCAGCCUUUUUUUGACAACGGGGAGCCCUGCAUCGAGGUGGAAUGCGGGGAGAACAAGGCUUUGCUAUACAUUAACAAGCUUUGCCAGGGCAGCAAGGGACCCUCUAUCAAAUAUCGGGGCGAGUGGCUCACCCCGAACGAGUUUCAGUUUGUCAGUGGACGGGAAACUGCUAAAGACUGGAAACGUAGUAUAAGGCACAAAGGGAAAAGUCUGAAGACCCUUAUGUCCAAAGGAAUUUUACAGGUACAUCCUCCAAUCUGUGAUUGCCCUGGGUGUCGAAUUUCGUCUCCAGUGAACCGCGGGCGCCUGGCGGAGAAACGCACCACGCCCCUGCCCCCCACGCGCAUCCCCAAGAAGGAGCUGGCGUCCGUGUUCAGCAGCGACGACAGCGAGGGCAGUGAGAAGGCCAAUGGUGACCACGGCGACCUCAAGCAGGAGGACGAGCUGCGCUUCGGCAUCAUGAGGAAGAGCCGCGACAGCAGUGACCUCACCACGAUCAUCUCCAACCUGCACCACACCCGGCAGACCGGCAUGCCCGAGGGCCAGCCCUGCGGCCAGAUCAACAGGAGCAGCACCGUGGACAUCGGCUCUGCCACAGCAGAUGAUAUUUUAGGCAAGAGAAGAUCCUACUCUCCCAACAGCAGCAGCGAGUGCCCCUCAGAGAGCAAGAGGACCCGCAGCGUCUCACCCAGAGAAAACUCCCAUACCCCUGCGCUGGAGACGCUGGCCGGUCACAUGACCCCGGAGGAGCACUACAGGAGGAUGAUGUCAGCGCUGAACGAGCACGGGUCGUACGACGAGCAGCAGCAGCGUCUGUACCAGCUCGCCAGCAGCAUGGGCGUGCCCGGCCACGGAGACCUGCUGCGUGUGCGGCAGGAGGCAGUGGCGGUGGUGCGGAGCCCAGCAGGCAUGGAGGCCCACCUGCCCUCCGCCGGGAGCUCUUCCAGCCAGCGCCGCAAACAGGGCCUGCCCCAGCACCGAGACGCACACUUCACCGAGAGGGAUAUCUCACACCCCCCGCCCCUCCUGUCCCCCCAAACUGGCCCCCACAUCGCCCUGGGACCUCACCUGCGCCCCCCCUUCCUGGGCCUGCCGUCCGCUUUGUGCCAGGCUCCAGGAUAUGGCUUCCUGCAGCCGGCCCAGGCUGAGAUGUUUGCACGGCAGCAGGAGAUGUUCCGAAAACAGAACCUGGCCAGGCUGGAGAUGUCGGCCGAGCUGCUACGGCAGAAGGAGCUGGAGACCCUGCAUCGGCAGAGGCUUUUGGGGGACCCCCUGGGUCUGCACCCCGGCCUGCCCCCGGACCACCCCGCCCUGCGCAGCCUGCACGAGAUCCCUGAGGGCCACCCGCUCCGCGAGGAGCUGAACCGCCGCAACGCCAUGAUGGUGCUGCGGCACAACAGCGUGCCGCUGCUCUCCCUCAACCACCAGGGGGUCCCGGGGGGCCUGCCGCCCAAAGAGCCGGGGUCCCGCAAGAGCUCGCGCAAAGGGGCCCACACCCGGGGGGACCUGCACGAGGGCCCCGCGGAGCUCAAGGACCCGCACGGGGACGGGCGCAUGCGCGAGGGGGCCCUGGACGCGCAGGACGAGGAGAUGAAGGACUCAGAGAGCGAGGCCGAGGUGGGCGAGGACAGGCUGGAGGGCCCGGUCAAGGCCGACGGCCACGGCUCCGAGAUGGGCCACGGCAAGGACGUGGCGAAGCCCGGCGAGGGCGGGAAAGAGCUGGGAGAGGCGUCCGGGCGGCUCAGCGCCCCCUGCAGCUCCGCGGGGCCCGCGUCCCCCAGCCACCAGGCCUUCACCUCGGGGAUGGGCAAGAGCGAGGCCAAAUACCUGCCCCCCGGGACCCUGCCCCCGUUUCCAGCCCAGACCUUCCCCUUCGGGUUCCCCUACAGCCCCUACUUCCACAGCGGCGCCAUGGGAGGUCUGCUCCUGGAUGGCGAGGAGGCCCCGCCCAUGGAGGACAUCAGUAAGUGGACGGUGGAGGAGGUGUGCGGCUUCAUCAACGGGCUGGCCGGCUGCUCCGAAUACGCACAGGUGUUCCGAGAGCAGGCCAUCGAUGGCGAGACCCUACCCCUGCUCACCGAGGACCAUCUCCUCAACAACAUGGGCCUCAAACUGGGGCCGGCCCUCAAGAUCCGCUCCCAGGUGGCGCGGCGCGUCGGCAGAGUGCUCUACAUGACCAGCUUCCCGCUGGCCUUCCCGCUGCCGCCAUCUGCUCUGCGGCCCCCGGAGCGAGACGCCCCGCCGGCAGAGCCCCGCGCCCCCUCCCCCGGCGGGGCCCCCUCCCCGUAUGGCGCGCCUCCUCCCUGUCGCGCCUCCCCCAAGCAGGAGAACGGAAGCGCGUCCUCGGUGGGGGUCUGCAACAACAGCAAGCCGCCGUCUUAGGACCAGAACAGAAAAAGAACAAAACAAAAAAAAAGAAAAAAAACAUCCCAGGGACAGCUUUCCGCUUCUGCAAGAGAGAGAGGGAGGAAAUGAAGAAAACGGCCUCCAUCUCUUGAAAUAACCUUCAGCUUAACUAAGAACUGUCCUUGAGGCCUUCAGACAUAGGCUCUUUGGACAAAAAACAGUACAUAAACAUAGUUAAAGACAAUCAAUUGAAUACAGUCCCGUCGCCCUUGAAUUGCUCAGUGGCUGCAGAGAAGCAUUAUCCAAAAAUGUGUGAAAACGGGGGAGGCGGAACAGGGGGUUCUGGGGGGAGAGACAGGAAGCAUCAGAGAGAGACAGCACGAGCAUACAGCUGGCCUUUAACAGCCUGCCAAAAAGAAAAGAAAAGAGAAGAAAAAAAAAAAAAAAAAAAAAAACCAGAUACAACAUUCUUCAGCGUCAGACAGACAAUACAGGAAGCGUCUCUUUCCCGGGAUGAACUGCGCUACUGCCUGCACUGUGCACAGAGCGAACCAUUUUUUGUUUUGAGGAAAUUUAAAUCCCUUAUUUGAAAAAAGAUGAAAUUAAAAAAAAAAAAAGCUCCCAGAAUUGGACCGGAACGAGUCGGAGGAGGAAGGAACCCGCCGCAACUAUGCAUUCUCCGGAUCGAUACCAAAGAUAACAGGAUGCGAGCGCAGUGGCACACACUUCCACGCGGGCUGGACCGGGCCCAGGAGGGACGGGCCGAGGCCGGGGCCGGCAGACUGAGCGGCCCUUGUGCUCGACAGCCUCCCACUAUCUGACCUUUAACCUUUUCUUUGGCCUACAUUUGGGACACAGGAAGUGCCUGGCGGCAGGACAUGGCUCACGUUCGCGGAUAACGGCUCCGUCGAUCCCGACGUCUGGACGAUCACGACUGUGGGAGAGCAAACGAAGCCUACUUGUACAGAAACUCAUUACGAACUGAAAAAUAUCCUGAAGGUUACAUAAGUGGUACUUUUCGUUGAGUGUAGUUGCACGCACCCCCCCCCCCCCACCUCUUACUGAACAGAAUAUGACUUGCUAAUGUUGGUGGUACUUUUAGUUUUUUCUCUCCAACAUUUCCUGUUUGAUACGCAUUCUAUUGUAACAUUAAACAUUAAAGCCCCACCUUCAAAUGCUGCUUAAUAGCAAAUAAAUAUGAAAACCCUGAAAAUAUUUAUAGCUCUUUUGUUAUAGUUAGGUUGACAUGAUACAUAAUUAUUCAUCCUUUAAAUGGAUGCCAAAGAUCAACCUUUAUAUUGUUUUUUUUUCCUCUGUUACAGGGAAUUGAAAGACACAGAGCUCUUUAUGCAAAUCUUAGAAUCCGUUAUGGCUUUUUUAACAAAAAAAAACAAAAAACAUGUAAACAAAGAAAAUUAAAAUGGUCUGUAGAUUUUCCCGUCAA